CCCACUGGUCUAGGCUAUCUCAAUAUAAAUAAUUUUAUCUGAUUUCGAGCGACGAAAGCAUUGACGCAAAUCUGCCUUGGAAUAUGAACGCGGUAUUCUGCAAUGUGUGUGCCGCUCCUUUUCGGAGCAUUCAGGACUGUCAUGCCCAUGAGCUACUGAAUCAUGCCAACAAGCCGCAAAAGCCGCGUCUGAACGCCAUCAUUAGGCUCUUCACCGGCGCACAAGCCCAAUCCGAACGCAGCCAGCUGCAGGAAGUGCUCGAGCUGUCGGCGACCGGUGAUCACCUACUCACUGUCCUGGAUUUCUAUGCUAGUGAUCUCAGAAAGCUGCAGAGCUCCUACGGCCAUAUUCGGAACUGCAUUGAAAGGGAGAUGAAGGACCGGGUCAAGGUGUUUCCCUUUGGUUCACUGGUCACCGGAUUAUCAUUAAAGGGUGGCUACAUCGACUUGUAUCUGCAGCUUUGCGAUGAACAAAAUAUGAUGCACCAGCAGUUCUACAACUUGGUGACACACUUUCUCAGUCGCUCUCAGUGUUUUGCGGAAGUCUUCCCAGCUCGCCGUGGCGGAGUGUCCAUUAUACUCUGCAAGCACCAGUUGACGGGAUUGAUUCUAGAAAUAAACAUGAUGAGCCCGGAGAGAACACAUACCUCUCGAUUCGUGGGCGAACUAACAGCUUGCGAUGAACGACUGCGCGAGCUGUGUUUGUUCCUCAAAAUCUGGGCCAAGAAGUUGCAACUCAGUGGCAUGACCAGCUGGUGCUUGCUCAGUAUGAUCUUGGUUAGCCUUCAAGUGCAAAAGUUGCUGCCUCCGAUCAAGCAGUUGCAGUCUCUCUGUCCACCGAUGAAUGUGUUUGGCGUCAACUAUGCCUUCUGUUUGAAGCGAGCUCCUCCGAUUCCACCUGAAUUGAAAACGUUGGAUUUGAUAAGGGAAUUCUUUGAGUUCUUCAGUAGGGUGGACUUCGAGAAACGUGUUUUAAGUCCAUUUUUGGGAUGUGCCCUUGAUAAGGAGACUACCCUGGGUACACCGGGCGGAUUUCCAGAGUAUGAAGAUCAACUUAAGUUUAUGGAGGAGGCUUUUGGCGUAGCCCCCGAACCAUUUCAACUGGAUUGCUGCAUGUGCGUACAGGGUCCCUUCGAGCUGCAGCACAACGUGGCCGAAGGCGUUUCUCCAUCGAAUCUCGCAUACCUCAGACAGUGCUUAAGACUUGCUGCGCAAGCUUGUAGCGACCAGGACUUCUUACAAAAUCCUGCGAAGCACUAUGACUUCUUACUAUUUGGCUUGGCGAAUGAAAUAGUUACCGAGCCAAAAACGGUUCAAUCCACUCCCGCAAAGCAGCAGGGAAAUGAAAUAGUAUUAUGCGAGACACCAAAAAGCUUGAAAUUUGGAACCAAGUCGGAAUUGGUUUUGGCACUUAAAAACCCACUAAUAGUAUCAUGUCAUGUCAUCACACCCUGUGCCAAUGAUCUCAAGUGUUUGCGCUCUAGCGUUUUAAACUUAAACAUAGACAAAACAAAAACAAUAUUCUAUUACUGGCUGACCUGCUACGUGGACACCAUCAAGGAUGUACUCACGCAGAUUUACGGCAUGCAAAUCGAAUUAAAGGAAUCCAAAGAACCGUGCAGUUAUCACUGGCUCAUCAGCACGAACCUGGAUACCUGGACAGGACGGAGCUUUCAACGUGAGACAGGACAAUCUUUCUUUUCUCAUCAACUUCAACAGACAAUUCAGUUUAGAAAGCUGCGGCGUGACAAUGGAGCUUAUGCAGUCUCUGUAAAUGGUAUAUUUUCGCUGGUGGCUAGUGAGGAUUACAAGGAGUUUCGUUUAGAUAUCCGUCCGCUGCCGGGGGAUUUUUUGGGUCUGCAAAGAAAUAGUCCCCUCACGAAGUUCUUCAAGGCUCUUAAGAACUUGCUGGGUAACUAUAGUUUCAAGGAAAAGGUCAGCACUUGGGAGUUCUGCUCUAAACAUUGGGUCUAA